GGCAGGGGCAAGAUCAGGAGCAGUAUCGGGAGCGGGGCCUUGGAGAAGGGCAGAUGGAAGGGGGUGACAUGGGUGUGUUGGAGAACUGGAGCUCGCAGUCUGAUGCUGCUGCUGUAGCAGCCUCAGCCACAGCUGCGGAGGAGGAGUACCGGCGGCUGCUGCGGAUGUGGCGGGAGGCGCACCCGGAGGCUGACUUGGACGAGGAGGCAGAAGAGCUGUUGGGUGUUGAUGAGCUCAGCGAGGGCGCUACUGGCCCCACCGCUAGCAGCAGCACCGCCCGAGAUAGAAGCCGACCUGGAACCGAUGAGAACAGGUGGAGCCAAGACCUGCUGGGACCCGAGCAGCAGCAGCUGCCGGCAGCACGGCAAGCAACAUCCAGCGGGGAUCUCACGGCUCCGCAACAGGAGGAGCAAAGAGGGAGAAGAAGAGAACACGAGGAGGAGGAGGAGGAGCUUGACAGGGACCGCCAGCAGCUGCUGCAGUGGCUGCUAGAGCAACAGCAGCAUAUGGGGCAAGAGCAACAGGACUUGUACGGUGCGGCAGGGCUGCCGGCGGCUGGGCUGGUUCACCAGGCGGUGGGGAUGCGGCCUGUCGAAGACGCUGCUGCGCCGCCGUCGACCUUGCAAGAGGGCCCGCAGAGAUCCAACACCACCCCGCCUGCUGCUGCCUGGGGCGCAGGGCUGCGCGAAUCCACGAGCACCGGCGCUGCUGGCGUCAGCGAUGAUAGCGACCAGCCGGGUUCGGAGUCUGGUGGGGCCGGUGCUACUGCUGGUGCUCAGGCCCCUACUGCUCCAAGGCCAACCACCACCACCACCACACCCACCCUGAACACCCCCAGCUACACCACCGCUAGCACCAGCAGCACCACCGCCACCACCGCUACCGCCACCGCACCCAGCACCCCGGCUGCCAGCCUCUCGCACCUCAAAGCCACAUCAGCGGCAGCAGCUGACCGUGCUGCUGAGACGCUGGCGCGCAUCCGGGCCUUGCGGGCUGCCGUACAAUCGGGACCGCCCGCUGCCGCCGCCAGCCUGCGUGGCAGCGCCGCCGCCGUUCCUCGCCCGCUGGUUGAGAGUAAUGGAAGCGGGGAUGCCAUUGCUGACGGUGCCCCCGACAGGAGCGACGGCAAGGCGGGUGGUCGCGGACCCGGUGCUCAAUGACGACAAUGAGUGACGGUUAUAAGCUUGCAAUGGUGCCCCAAAUGGCAUCCUAACAAAGACUCCCCGACGGGGGUACGAGCUCUCUUGCCACCUUCUGCCCAUGACGCCAGCGAACUUGCUGGCGUCGCUUGAUGCCGCCUCUUUCGCUGCCCAAAGCGAGACAGCAGCCUAGCCCGCUCGCCACAGCUUACCAAGGUCCAGUGCCGCAUUGCUGUGUACGGAGAGGGCCCCAACCAGACCCUGCUAGCCUCCGUACGUGAGGCGCCCAUGCAUCAGGUACACCAGCAGGCAUCCGGUGUCACGCAGUCUAGAUAGCUACCGGUAGCGCCAGAGACACGCUACGCAACCAACCUCAGC